AUGUCAGGCGGUAAAGGUAAAGCAGACACUACAGAGAAGGCUUCCACUUCUAGAUCAGCUAAGGCUGGAUUGACUUUCCCAGUUGGUAGAGUCCACAGAUUAUUGAGAAAAGGUAACUACGCUCAAAGAAUUGGUUCUGGAGCUCCAGUUUACUUAACCUCUGUCUUGGAGUAUUUGACUGCUGAAAUUUUGGAAUUAGCUGGUAAUGCUGCUAGAGACAACAAGAAGUCGAGAAUUAUUCCAAGACACUUGCAAUUGGCCAUCAGAAAUGAUGAGGAGUUAAACAAGUUAUUAGGUCAUGUCACCAUUGCUCAAGGUGGUGUCUUGCCAAACAUUCACUCCUCCUUAUUACCUGCUAAAAAGGCUAAGGGUAAGGGUUCCCAAGAAUUGUAA